UAAGUUACAAUCCGACUUUUCAGUUAUAGGUUACUUUUCUGUAAUUCAUAGUAAACUUUUGUUUUGGCGCCCGCAGCCAUAUUGAGUCAAACAGCUGUUGAAGGGACGACUUCUGUACGCUCCGUUGUUUUUGUCGUUUUAAUUAACAAAAAAUGUGUAACAACUGGUUAUAACGCAACAAAGUAUGUUAAAGUGGUGCAAAAAAAGUGUUUAAUAAAUAAACCUUAUCGAAUUUAUCUAUCGGGAUGUGUUUUCGAUAACCAAAAUAUACAAUGGCUUGUGGAUUACAAAACUACGAGGACAGAGAAAUUACCGCGGCUGAGCAGGAGUUCCAAGCGAAAUGGGGCAGGUUUUCCGACUGGUUGCACUGCAUUUGUGUGGUAACGUUCGACUUGGAGCUCGGACAGGCUAUGGAAAGUGUGUAUCCUCCUGGUGUAGAAUUAAGUGACCAAGAAAAGUGCAAUAUCUGUUAUUUAGCGUUCCCAGACUCUAAUUCAGGGUGUAUGGGUGAUACCCAGUUCCAUGUGAAGCUGCGUUCGAGAUCAGGGCUCACGCGGCAACAGAUUAUAUACAACGAAGACAGCGUGCCGACGCUGCGUGCGGAUUCCACGCACUAUUGGGGCUUCGUGUACUUUCGACAAGUCAAGGACCCCUCUCUACCUCGAGGCUACUUCCAGAAAAGUAUAAUUUUACUUACUAGAUUACCUUACAUCAACUUAUUCUACAAAGUUAUUCAACUUAUAGCUCCUAAACAUUUUGAAGAAGGAGAAAGGAGUUUGGAAGCUGCCUGCCAUGAUAUAAACAGGUGGCCUUCACUGGACGCCGGGCAGAACGUUUUGUUGCCUGUGCUUGGUACUGUCUUUCAGUCAUACAUUCCUAAUCAACAGACUGGAAAGAUAACUCGAUCUGAUAUAGCCAAACAAGUUAAUUCUCCAAAUGUACCUCACAUAUUAGCCUCAAUACAGGAUGUUAAUGUGUUUGAUGCUCUGUCUAGUGUGAUAUCACACUUGCAUUUGUUAUGGGAGCUGGUUUUGACUGCAGAACCUAUUGUUGUGAUGGCAAGUUCUCCUACAGAGUGCUCAGCAUUAGUCCAAGCUCUUACAUACUUGAUACAGCCACUACCAUACUCCGCAGAGUACAGACCGUACUUCACAAUUCAUGACAGUGAAUUCAAAGAGUUUACUAGAAAGCAAUUCAACCCACCUUGUGUGAUACUGGGUGUGACCAAUCCAUUCUUUACAAAAACGUUGCAACAUUGGCCACAUACCAUAAAGUUGGGUGAUGCUACCUCAAUAAAAACUAAGUUAAGAAAAGUUGGUAACCUCAAGCUUUUGGACACUGCUCCAGGGGUUUAUACUCAAUACAAACCUUUUUUGGAAAAAGAUAAGGCAAUUAUAAAGAAACUUCAUAAUGGUAUAAGAACUGACCGUCCGUCUGAGGUCCAGACGGCAAUGGUCAAGCGUCACUUACUGGAACUUACCCAGAGUUUUAUGAUACCAUUGGAGAGAUAUAUGGCUUCUCUGAUGCCCCUACAGAAGAAUAUAUCUCCAUAUAGAGCACCUCCAGUGCCAAAUCCCUUCAACCCAGAAGAUUUCUUUGCUACUCUGCAACAAUCCGGACCUCAACUGACCACCGGUAUCAAAGGAGACUGGAUUGGUCUAUACAGAAACUUCUUUAGAACACCAAAUUUCGGAGCGUGGUUCCAUGAACGUCAUAGCAAUUUAACAAAUAAACUAAAUGCAUUACAACUAGAAGCAUUAGCCGAGAGUGACUUAAAGAAAUGGUCAAUUGGGAAGAAGGAGGUUGAAAUUGUAGAUAUGGUUUUGAAAUUGAGAGAGGUAUUGAAGAGUAACCCUCCCGUAGCGGACAAUACGCGGACGCUGUUAGCGCGUCGGCUUGAGGACCUCAACUGUGUGCUGCCGGAGGACAUGAAGAGUAUACUGAACGCGACCACGUGACAGCUGCACUGCUGCGCCUCCACUUACAGAGGAUGCAGCGAAGACUGCAAGACACACAUCAGGAAGGUAGCCGGUCGCUCCAUCGUGUGCAUGUAAAGUGUUCUAGUGUAAUAACCAUGCAAUAGUACCGAUUUGAGGAACGAUUGCGUGAAACUUUUACAAUAUCAAUUAUGUUUGAUUGCGAUAUUUUAUGACGUCGUUUACUAAUGUCGUGUUAAAGUAAUAUCAAGUCCAUUAUUUACAUUGUGUACAGUUUAUUUCGAGUUUAUUUGGCCAGUAUUGCUAAUAAGAUUUUAAUUAUAUUCGUAUUACUGGUAACGUUUUUUUCUGACCAACGCUGUAAUGUUUAUUAUUACUUGAACACAUGUGACCAAUUGUUUUGAGAAUCUAUGCUUCCAUGUUAUGUACCGAUACUCUGAUAUUAAUUAGCCGAAAGUUUUAAUUAGGUACUAAUUGUAUUUAGUAGUAGGUUACCUAAUGACAAGGAAUCCUGUGGGAAUGACUGAUUUUGUUAUAACUGGGUUAUGUAAAUACGAUUUUCGAUUACGAUCAAUGAUGUAGGUACCACUGUUUUGACCUUCAUUAGGUCAAUAACAAGUGUUAUAAGCUCUUUGUUUGAUCACCUAUGGCCUAAAAUUAACUUUUAAUUUUACGACGAGACAUUUUCCUCAAAAAUGACUCAAAACCACUUGAAAAUAGGUUUAUGUAUGUAAACAUAGAUGUUAUUCGAACCGUACCUAUAAUAUACCGUGACCAAAUUAUUCGAUGUAAAAUAUAAGCCAUAAUUCAGCAUAAUAAUAUAAAUUUUAUACUCUUCAAUGAUCUUGCCGAGAAUAUUUAGUAAGUACGGUAGUCAGAAAGAAAUUUGUCGGUUACAAAAAUAGAGACAAUGAAUUCAAUAUUAUUAAUAUCGACCUACAUAAUGAGAUAGGGUUUUAAUAAUAAAGUUACGCGAACAGAAUUGUCUUAUAAACCCAUGCGACUAAGUUUCCGACACUCGACGACUUUAGGCUCCAAACAACGCGUGCCAAUUUAAGAACUAUUUGAUUUUGUGUAGCGAUAAAUGCUUCUGUAUUAAAAUCGUCGGUUAUCAGACACUUGCGUCGUCUCGCGUGUAAUCAGACUUAUAUUUAACAUAGACCUUCUUACUGACGACCGUAGUUUGUUUAUAAAAUAGAUAACGAAAGAUAUUAUUAUUAUGAAACUACGUCGAUUAUAAUUAAGUUGUAAAUAGUUAAAUAAUUAUAAAUGUUAAACAUUAAUUAACGUGUAUCCUAAUGCUCGAGAGAAUGUAUUGUAAAUUGAUGACAUUUACAGAUGAUAUCGAUUAACAGGAAUCGAUAUUAUUCGAUGUGUAAUCAUCGUAAUCCAAUUUGCGAGGCGUGUGAUACGACGCAUGUACAAGGUCGUCCAUUCGCGGAAGAUUUUUGUAGCUUCCAGUUACGGUCAAAAAUAAUCAGUUUCGCGUCAAUGUUGUUUCCUUGACCCUGCAUAGAAUAUACUACAUCAAUCAAAGUUCAAACGAAAUUCCGAUUCGAUUUCGAUUAGAUGAUUCGUCCUGAUUUUAUUGUCUAACACUUUUCGGUUAUUUCCGAUUCGAUCCGAAAUAAGAUGGGCGUCUGUCGGACGUUGUAUUAUCGCGGGUGCCGUCUUUUAUUACGUUAAUUUAUAGAUACUGUACAGGCAACCGACUUUCUCUGUUGUUACAUAAAAAAUCAAUUUUCUGUAAAAGUAGUAAGGUUGAUUUCUGCAAAAUCGUUAAAGUUAUUAGGCAGUUCAAAGGACCCGUCGACGCGACGGCACCAUUUUUUCAUUGUUAUCAAAAUCGAAGUAAAGUACGUAUGUACGCUUGAAAAUUACGUACAUUUUAUUGCGCUCAUGUGUCAUUAAGCAAAAUCAAGGCAGCAUGGUGUAAAAUAAAAUUGUUAAAAUUCGUAACGAUGUUUUGAAAUUCGUCGCAAUUUAAUACUUAUUUCAAGAUAGUUUUUAUUUCUAAUGUAGCAACUUCGUAGUUGCUUGAUAAGUCUUUUUGUUACUUAAAUAUUAUCAAAUUUACGGUCCUCUUUAUCAUUCUUACGACUGCGCCAAGUCUACCUAAAUCUUGUAAAAAAUAAUUAGGUCUAGUCUUAAGUCUAGAUAAGUAUGUGUUACUUGCUCGUUGAAAUAUAUUUUCAUAAACCACUAUAUUGGAAUGUAUGUUUAGAAUCUCUGUAUUGUGUGCGUAUUCUAUCUGUGCGUUUGUCCGUGGCUUAUCAAUUGAAAUGUAUCGGAUUGGCGGAUGUCACAAAUACACUAACUUGAACUGUCAAGGUCAGGUCACGUAAUUUAAAUGUUGUCACCAUGUGGGUGAUUCCAUAAUGCGUUCAGGUAUUUAGAAAUAGAUGUAGGUAAUGAUGUAGAUUUAGAUUAUACCUACUGUUUAGACAGAUUUUGUUGUUUUCCAUGUUUAUGUGCUCAUAGUUCAUUAAAAGCAAAGGGCCGUUUUGUGUUGAUAACGACAAAAAUCCUGCUUUGAAAGCCGGGUGUCCUAGAAACACUUAAUUAGAAAAACUUUUGUCUUUGUUUAACUAAGCAACUACCGGUUUGAAAACUGGUUUAGCGAGCAUGUAAAUAUGAAACGAAUUAUUCCAUGUUUAACAAUUUCUGUUCGAAAUGAACUGAAAAGUUGCACGCUACGUUAGUAUCGAUUUGGUUAUGGUAAAUGAGUAAUCGAUUUAAUGCAUUAUUUCUUUUCGAUCUAAUGAAAUUAUUAUGACGUAAUCUGUGACAUUGGUAGAUGAAUUUAUAGGCACAUGGUUAGUCAAUUAUCGGAUUAGACACCAAAGACUGGAACGACUUCGAAUGACUCUAUAAUGCCUUUUUGACAAUGUUAUGCUCUAUACAAUGGUUAUUCAUCCUAUCGUACUUCUUCCACCGUGGGAAAGUAAGCUGUGUUGAAGAAACCAGCUAGACCAACGGGAGGUAUCUCAUAUUUAAUGUGUCACAGUUCUAAUUCUUCGUUGAUUUCCCUCGUGUGUCCAAGAACAUCUCAUAGUUAAGUUGCGUUUGAGUAUUCCUGGUUUCAACUCCUCAAUUGAUAAGCCCCGACAAUCGCAACCAACAUGUAUUCUUAUAUCAUGUAUCUACGAAAAAUCCAUCCAUAUAUACUUUAUUUAACCGCUAAACAAAACAACGGUUGUAUUGUUAAUGUAGAUAAGCAAAGAAUAUUAAGAUAAAUGAAUGUUAUCGCUUAAAGGAUUUUUUCUAAGAUACUUUGUCUUCGAGAAUUCUGUUGUAUGAUAUUAAAACUGCUUGUUAUAGGAGUUAAAUUGUUGUGUAAUGAAAUAAUGUGGAUAAUUGAAAUUGUCGAACCUUAAUCACUGAUAAGAAGCAAUUAAUAUUUUUCAAUGGCGUUGUUUGAAAUUUGAUUACGUUAUUUUAAGUUAGGAAGAGCUUGUGUUAAAAUAAGCAACUCUAAGAUGGAUUGAAUGUCCAAAUUUCCAAGAUUUUCAACUUAUAUUAUAUAGACACUGUAAAUCCUGCUUCACUAUACAAGCUUGUGUAUGUCCGGGUUGUUACGAAGAGGUAACUGGUAAAAGACCAAAAUGCGUUGAACCCGGAACAGAAAAGACAACCCUAUGAUAUCAUAUUGUUUUUGCGAAUGUUUUCAAAUAAUUGGGUGCCAAAUGUAUUAUUUCAAACAUUGGACUAAUAUGACGGCCAUUGUAUAUUUUAUUUUUGUAUGUAGCUAGUUUUAUUGUCAUGAAGGGUCUGCUUGCUCAAUUGUACGAGUUUUUAAUGUAAAUGUGAUGGUAGUGAAAGCGUUCGUGCGUACUCAUCUCGCAUUUUAAUUUGGAGAAUGGUGGGGCUGACUGAGGUUAUAUCAUAAAGGGUACAAAAAUUAUCAUUCUCACUUGCCGAGGCAUCAUUUGUGAGUUAAAAUAUGACUUAGAACACACUGCAGCGCUUUACAACUAAUUAUGAACCGUAUUUCAGGGUGUAUUGCAUCUUAUGAGUUGGAUUAAAUAUUUUGGUUAUCAUUUAAAGGUAAAUUGCCAACGAUUCUAUAAAUACUUGCGCUUUUAUAAAUCUGCACUACUAAGAUCUAUGCUUGAUGUGUACUUGUACUCCGUACACUAUAGGUGCGAUAUGGACUUGUAUUCUCAGCAAACUAGCAACAGUUUUAGUGCAAUCAUUAUUCUUAGUUUCCAUAUGUUCAUUCGGAGUUAAUUUCGCGUGACCGUCACUUCAAUUACUUUAGGUAAUUACAGCCGUCUACUUAUCUACUUAAAUUCUCAGUCAGUCAUCCAUUUUGUUACAAACGUGAGUGGUUCACGUGCGAAUUUGCCGAUGGGUACGCAAGACACCUCUAGACUAUGUCAAGGUCGGGUCGGGCUAACUGGUGCAAAUAACUUUAACAGGAUUAGUGGAACUGGACUCGGUAGCGGUAUCUAAUUAGCAGAAGCAAAUUCAUAAUAAAUUUAUGUUUCUUAUACGUAUAAUUUAUAUCUCAAUAAUGCGAUUAGUUUGAGAUAGUAAUAACUACAAUUUACGCUGUCUUUUAAUAUCGCUUCUGUUUUCGAGGUACCGGUAACAAGUUCGUUAUAAACUGGUAACAAGUCUAUCAUCUUUCAUGUUAAGUUUUUUAGUAAUAUAUCUUCACAGAUCCGCGCUCAAGCACGAAAUGUAUUGUUUAGUGACUAUCCUGCUGGCUCGACUGACCUAAUAAGAUGGGGGAGGAACACCUAACAAACCUAUUUUGUACGUGAUCAUGUAUCGCAGACUCCAUUAGUAUAACAUAUCCCAUCGUAACCGCCACUGUAAAUACUACAUUGUACAAACUGCACCGUGUAACAAAACGUAAAUAAAAUAAACAUAUUUUUUAAA